AUGACCUAUGACGGCGCAAGUUCCAUCCACCGCCAAGACGACCGAUACGACCCACAUCAUGUGGGAGAGCCACUCAUCUCCCGGCAGCAAUCUUACGCAAGAAAUAUGGAAGGCCAGCAGUCUUCACCGGCGCCUACAAUCCUAGAUGCGCAUAUUGCGCAUCCACAUCCUCUUCGACCAAAUGUUGGCCCUGGCGCGCCUGUUCAAAAUGCCGAUCCUAAGAAAGCUACUGAUAGGAUCAGAUUGAGUGUUGUAUGGGACGCGACUACUCUGAACGUAUGGCUAGAUCUCAAUGAGUACGGCGAAGACUUCUACCAAGCCUUCCAGCAACAGGCUGCAAAACAGCGCAAGGACAUACUCGAUCGAACCACUAUGAGAAUUCAACUAAAGAAAGACAAAACCCUACCAUAUGAGGAAGCCUAUCCGCUCUCUCUUGAUGAGGACGAGUUGGAAGCAGAUUGGGAAACGACCUGCGAAUGGUUGAACGCGAACAAGAGAGACAAGAUGCCGCAUAUCUAUGGGGUGGUUGAGACGGAUGGAGGGUGA